UGGCCCUACAUUACAUCAGACACAGGAAGCUCUUUGUCUUGGAUGCUUUUGUAGCAAAAUAACAAAUUUAGGUCUUUUGUGAUUUAAAAUUUUUUGAUUGAUUAAUCUGACUUGUGUAUACCUCCUCUAAAAUAUUUUAUUUCAAUAUUUACGCAUAGUGGUACAAUAUAUGAUGGAAGACCAGGUGAUUAAAAUUGAUUAUUUUUCAUCAAAUGGCUCCAGCAAUGUCACACAACAGAGUCCAGAUGGAAUUCAAGAAGAGAAAAGUCCUCCUAAAGCUCUCAGUCAAGCCUUGCUUUGCAAAGUGUGCUCUGAUUCAAGCAGCGGCAAACACUAUGGCAUACAUGCCUGCAAUGGCUGCAGCGGCUUUUUCAAACGUAGCGUACGGCGAAGACUCAUCUACAGGUGUCAGGCUGGAACAGGCAGAUGUCCUGUUGACAAAGCUCAUCGGAAUCAGUGCCAAGCCUGUCGACUAAAGAGGUGUCUUCAAGCUGGAAUGAACAAAGAUGCGGUACAGAAUGAGCGUCAGCCUCGAAGCACAGCACACGUCAGUCUCGACUCCAUAAAUGUGGAGGCCAAGAAGGAGCACCUGGCUACGACACAAGAACUUGCAACUUCUGACCACUACUCAGCUAUUAGAUUCAGACCUCUGGUCACUUUGUCUGCAACCAGGUCUGCACCUAUUCAGCCCUACAGCAACCCAAAUACCCACCGCUUUAUGGUCAGCUUGCUGACCACAGAGACUUCUACCAAACUGGAGCCAGAGGAAGAGAAUGAUGAAAAAAAUAUUGAUGUGACAACAAACGAUGCAGAACAGGGCAGCUCAUCAAUAGACUGCGGCGGGCUCAUAUACUCACCUAUCUCAUCAGAAAGCUUCUACGAGACAUCAGCUCGACUCCUCUUCAUGUCUGUAAAGUGGGCAAAAUAUUUGCCUGUUUUUGCUCACCUGGGAUUUCGAGACCAGGUGAUUCUGCUGGAAGAAGCCUGGAGUGAGAUGUUCCUUCUGUGUGCCAUCCAAAUGUCCCUGCCAAUGGAUAGAUGUUUAAUUCUGUGUCCAGAACUUUCCCCCACUCAUGAGGCCAAGGCCAACCUUGCCUCAUCUGAGCUGCAGAUUCUUGAAGAUGUAUUCAGUCGUUUCAAGGCUCUGGCUGUUGACCCUACUGAAUUUGCUUGUCUGAAAGCAAUAAUUUUGUUCAAACCAGAGAUACACAACCUCAAAGAUCCUGAGCAGAUAGAAAAUCUGCAGGAGCAGUCACACAUGUUAUUGAGUCAGCACAUUCAAUCGGUGUACCCCAGCCAUGCUGCAAGGUUUGGGAGGCUGUUGCUCCUGCUGCCGUCUCUCCGCUUCUUGAGUCCAAGUAAGAUAGAGCAGCUGUUCUUUCACAGGACAAUUGGCAACACACCUAUGGAGAAGCUGUUGUGUGAUAUGUUCAAAAACUGAACAAGCAUAAAAAGAAAAUGACCCAAACCCAUAAUUUUUUUAUGUUCCUGUGGCAUCCUUCUGAUGUAUCUUAACAGUAAACGUUUUAGUCUUUUGGAUGAUUUUUAACAAGACCAUGUAGCUGCUUCAAUGACUGAUUACAGAAGUUUUAAAGAAAAGGACCAGAACUCUUGUUUCUGUUUUCCCCAAAUAAAAUGUAACAUGUAAGACUGACAUAUAUGUGAUUACAUUUCUACUCAAUAAAAUUGGAAACGUAAUGUGA